AAAUUGAUAUCAUUUCUGAAUAUUAAAAUGGUGUUGGUUUAUUUUGUCUUCUUCCUCAUUUCAAGUCCUUUUGAGAUUCUUUUGUUUAACCCACUCCCCUCCAUGUCUCUCUCUUCUUAAAUUCUCCCAUUUCCCUUUCUUCCCCAGCUUUCUUUUCCCUUUUCAUCAUCCAUUUCCUAUUUUUCUUUACUCGAUUUCUCGAGGUCUGAGCAUGGCGGAGGAGCACGGCUACCAAUCGCCCGAAGGCCACCGCCUCUGCGCCAACAACUGCGGCUUUUUCGGCAGCCCGGCGACGCAGAAUUACUGCUCCAAAUGCUACCGGGACAUCUGCCUCAAGGCCGCCCAAUCCAAACCCAAGGCUCCGGUGGAUUCCGUGUUCGCCGCGCCGCCGGCGUCUGCUUCGUCGCCGGAGAAUUUGAAGGGAAGGGCGGCCGCGGCAGAUAAGGUGGAGGAGGCGGCGGCGGCGGUGGUGCUGCCGCAGCAGGCGACGAACCGGUGCUCGGCUUGCCGGAAGAAGGUUGGGUUGACGGGAUUCCGGUGCCGGUGCGGGGUCACCUUCUGUGGGGUCCACCGGUACCCCGAGAAUCACGGAUGCUCGUUCGAUUUUAAGGCCUUGGGCAGAGAAGCCAUCGCCAAGGCCAAUCCUCUAAUCAAGGCGGAGAAGCUGGAGAAGAUAUGAUCUCGCCCGUCGGUCGAUUCCGGCCGCCUUUCCGCCGGAAAAUGGGUUGACGAUGAUAAUAUUUGAUAAUUGUCUAAGGAGAGAGAGAGAGAGAGAGCUAAAAAAAAAAAAUCAAAAAAACAAAAAAGAGAAUCGUGGGAUAUCACGUCAGCCAUACGUGAUUGUCGACAUGUAUAUUCAUCUUUUUCAUUUUCUAUUUUUCUUUUCUCGUUAAUAAUUGUUGUGCAAUUACUACUUGAUUGGUGAUGU